GAACGAGGAGCUCCCGUGAACGCACGGAUCGAGGGUCAUUAUUAACAUACGUAACGGGUGGAGAGGAGAACAUCCACAGGAAGGUUUUCAAACUUUGAAUAGAACUAUAAGAAAGUAAGGAUAAGAUCAUUCUUGUGUGAUUUAACAGCAAUGCUUUGAGGCUAAGAGCAAUUGUUGAGGAUGGAGGGAACCGAGACGACCGAUUCCCCGAGGCUUGAACCGGUUAGACAGGCUGCAGAUGCGAUGGAAUCGUUUUUGGAUCGGGGGUUUCAAAACUCUACUUUCUCUUUCGAAACUGACAAUUUUAGCUCGCCGAAUUGCUUUGAAGCACCAGAGGCAUGUGGAUGGACAUACUUCGGUCAUUAUCGCGAUUUUACACAGCUAGCCAGCGUCUACAUUAUCUUUAUCGUCAUCUUUGUGGUAAUCAUGGCUCUUGGAAUAGCGGGUAAUUCUAUGGUCAUCGGUGUUGUCUGGUCCAAUCGGGCAAUGAGGACACCAACCAAUUAUUACAUUGUUAGUCUGGCAGUCAGUGACCUUUUGGUCAUCACGUUUGACAUGCCCCUCAAACUUGUAGAAUACACGGCCGAUGUGGAUUUAGCGAUGUUCAGUACAGGUCUUUGUUCUUUUGCAGCCUUUGUAAACCCAGCAGUGGUUUUUACAAGUAUCUGGACCUUAGUGGCCAUCUCAAUAGACCGAUACCUGGUGAUCAUCCAUCCUCUGAAAGCACGAUCCUUCAACACCCGUUCAAGAGCUCUUCGGACUAUUGUCAUUAUCUGGCUUGCUCCUCUUGUCAUCCUUUCCCCGUACUUCUACCCUUAUGAAGUCCUCCGCUACCACUUCCAGAGCGAGAUGGGAUUAAUCCGUCGAGGAAUCUGUAGUGAUCGAUUCUUUGAUAUCAGUCCUGCCUUCUCCAAGGCUUACAAUCUGUUUCUGUUCGGGGUGUUAUUCUUGGUACCAGUCAUCCUACUUGGGUUUACCUGUGGCUCUAUUUCAAAGCGGCUCAUGAGCCUGAAUGAAGAUGAAAAAAUGCUCAAGAAUUCGGUCAGGAAAGAAGAUGCAAGCAGAAGAAAGGUGGCCAAGAUGGUAUUGAUUGUCGUACUCUGCUUCUUCAUCUGUUGGUUCCCAUUUUUCCUGGUAAGCAUGUUGGGUCAAUUCACAACGAUUUUACACGAGGAGAACUAUAUUUUCACCCUUCUGUUGGUUCACCUGUUUGGUUUUGCUAACUCCUUUAUGAACCCUGUAAUAUAUGCCUUGAUGAGCCAGGCUUUCCGUAGUGGGUUUUGGUUGAUACUCACCAUAUGCUGUCCUCAGUACCGUGAUCUCGUAGCCCCAACCAACAGAAGCGGGGAGCGCCGCAGUGUUAUCGCUGUUUCACAAACAGAGGUAGCUACCGAACGACAGCAGGCAAAACGCGGUUAUAACCGCUUUUUCAGACGAGAGAGCACGCAGUUCUCUGCCGUCUCUGACCAAGAUGAGGAUCGUAUUGGAAUGACCAAGAUAGGGAAGGUUGGAAACAGCUCAAAUAACAACAACAGAAGGGUGGCCAACAACCAGACGGUUCAGGAAGCUGAACGAAAGCAAAGGGCAGAGCGACUUUUGCACAAGUUCCUUGACGAAGAACCGCCUAGAAAGUUGACUGAUAUCGAGUCAGUCAUUGAAAACACCAAUGGUAUCGGUCAGCCAACAGAACCGAACGAGUGCGAGACGCCACUCAUCGGAAAUGAUUAUCAAGAAGACAGUUGUAAGCUUAAUGGUCCUCAUGUCGUGUAUCGGAAGUGUGUAGCAAACCCGGUAGACAUCACAGCAAAUGAUGCUAGCAGUCGAAAGGCCAAUGAAGAAGUGGCCGGCAAGGAUGGACAGGUCUAUGUAAAUACCGAUAUUGAUAAGAACAUAGAGGAUUUGGUAUCGGAGGAUGAGCUGAUGAAAUUCAAUGCGAGUGUUUCUAAGUGUGCUGCAUGGAAGGCGACUAACGACUCAACAUUGCAGAAUGAUGUUAUUUUAAUGAUAAACGAAGAUGUACCUGAUGCUGAGCAGUCUACCAAGGGUAAUAACGAGGGUCAAAACCCAUCAACACCUGGUGUGGAACAACUGAUGGACUGUGAACAUGAAACCACAUGGAACAUAGCUCAAGGUUCAAAUGGACUAAUUCCAGAUGAAGCUACAACAAAAGUAUGAGCGGUGUACCGAUCAUAUAGUCCAAGAACACAUAAUGACAAUUUUACAACUUAUUUGAGGCACUUACAAAAUUGGACAAACAUGGCGAAUGAUAGUCAAAUUACACACUAAAACGUUUUAAAAGCACGUUAGAUCCUAUUUGGAUCCUAUAAGGAUUGAUGAUUUUAUGGAGAUGAUAUAUAUUUGAAAAGCAUGACAUCAGAAAAGGAAGUAUUUUGUAUACAAACACUGUAAAUAUUGUUCAUACGAAUUCACUAAACAAAAAAAAUUGUUACCUGUUUAGCAGUGUCAAUUUAGCGAUCGUCUGAUAUCGGUUAUUUGAGGGGAAUUAUUAUUCAUAUUUUGUGAUAAUUAUGUCGGAUUGUGUUCCUUAUUGUGAUCCCCAUUGUAAGAGUCAGCUCAUAAAUGAAUGUAUUGAUUAUUUUAUCCAAGGAUAAAUUGUAAGAACCACAUAAUAGACACUGAAUAUUCCUUGAGACAAUAGAAAGAAAGUUUACCACAAUGACAGAAAUACCUUGCAUAUUAUUGUCUUUCCACCUUAAUAAUAUUGUUUUUCAAUCGCCUUUAUCUCAUGCAGGAUUUAAUAAGUGAAUCUUGGGAUGACAAUAGUUUUCUUUUAAAGGAAAGUGCGUUUUGAUUGGAUUCUUAAGGCUUUUGGACUUUUAAUUUUGAAUGAAAUCUCAAGUUUUACUGUAUUUAUGAUGAUACAAUCGCAUGAAAAGGUCUGGAAAUUUGAAUUUACAUUCUAAACUUUCGUAUCAGAUUUGACGAAGGUAUUAGUCCGUUCGGGCCGCAAUCCGUUCCGGGUAAAACAUAACUCGGAAUUUCGUCAGAUGUGACCUUUUAUGGGUCAGAUCUGUCCCUAUUUUGUCUCACACCAUACUUUUCUUUCACCGGAGCAGAGCUGUUUUACACAGAUAUUGGCCAUUUUACUUUCAAUACGUUACCAACAUGGCGCAUUUUUUUUUAAAUCGGGCUUGCCUAUAAGAAGGCAUUACGCGCCAUGCUGUUAACACAUUGAAAGCGAAAUGGCCAAAUCUGUAUUAAACUGCUCUUAACCGGAGGGGAGUGUGGCCUUAACUGACUGAUUUCUGUACUGUUAAUCUUUUAAGAAUAUAUCCAUGCUUCGCUUACAUUAUUCUAUUUAUAAAGUAAUGUUUCAACAGAGAGCCUGUUAAAAAGCUAAAUGAUCCGAAAGACAAUUAUUACGAAGACAAGUGUCUAAAAUAAUUUAGGUCAAUGGUCGUGCUUUAUUCUUUUGAAAAUAUUAUGUUGUUACUUUUAGAAUAGAUGUAAUGAGAAAUACAGACUACUAAUUUCAAUUUCGUUUAAUAUGUGAAUAGCACAAUUUGCUGAAAAUUUCUAAAAUGUUCACAGUUCCAUUCCUAUCAAAAUUGCUGCCUUUGUGCGGCCAAUGAGCUGACUUUGAUAUGCCAAAUUAUAUAGUAACCAUGUGUUAUUGUUUUAGAUGUCAGUGCCAUUAUAUGAUGCGAUGAUAUUUAGUGCUAAGCUAGUUCCUAAGAAUGUUUUUAUUGUAAAUAUGAAUUGUUUUCAUGAAUUUAUUAUGUCGCUCAAAUCAUUGUCUACUUUAGAGGGUACACCGGCUAAAACAUUUGGCAAAUUAUGGCAACCGUUACAUGCUUGGUUUUGAUGUCUAUACAACUAACGUCAAUUUGCUUUGGAAAAAAUAGAAGAUAUAGAUUGCGAAAUGAAUUCCCUUUAUUAUAUAAGACUAUAAUUUGCCCUCUGUUAUCGAAACCGGUGUGGCCUCUUUCUUCUACACUAAAAAGAUAUUGGGUAAAAAUGCUCCAUGAGGGUACUGCACUCGAACCAGGUGAGGUGAAUGGGUACCCGGCAGGAGUAAUUCCUUGCAUGUACUGAGCGCCGGUGGCGGUAGCUCGUGCUAAAGCCGGGGUAAUACUAGCAGCGCUUUGUAUCCUCUGGCAAAAAAGCGCUUUAUAAAUCCAACUAUU